CCGUCUGUCGGAUCACUUGGCCAUCCCAGGAGCCGACAGCACUCCCGGCGGCGGAACCACUUCAAUCCGGAGUUCCGGCUAUUCCAACAAUCACAAUUUUAUGAACCUUUAAAGUUUGUUCAGCUUAACUACGAACCCACUGAGCAGCGUUUGAUCAAUAAUCAGGCCGGCUUAUUAGAUCAGCGGCUUUGGGCGUUGCGAUUGGAAUCAUUCUUUCCGCUUACCUUGUUAGUCAUGUUGCCUUCAAUUACAGCAAGUCAUUACAAGCGCAAUCCAAAUGUAGAUACGGUAUCUGAUAUUCGUAACACGACUUACGUCAAUUCCGUCCGAAGUAUAACGAUUCCUUCUGGCACGACUUACCGAUAUGUUUUUGCCCCGCCAUCGGACACGACAAAACCAUACAUCUUGUUUGUCCACGGAUUUCCAGAGACCUCAUACGAAUGGAGUUACCAGAUCACCUAUUUUACUGAACAAGGUUAUGGUGUUGUUGCCCCCGAUCUCCUGGGCUGUGGAGGAACCGACACUCCGGGAGAUUUGACCUCCUAUGGCUUUAACAACAUGGCAGCAGAUGUUGGCAAGAUUCUCGACUACGAAGGCGUCAAGAAGGUCAUCGGAGUUUCGCACGAUCUUGGAUCGCCAUUGCUGUCACGCUUCGUUAUCAACCAGCCUUCUCGAUUUACAGCAGUCGCAUUUUUGGGCAACGGGUACUUCCCACCCGCGGCACGUGUUGAUGCGGCGGGAAUCGACUUUAUCAACGAAGCAGCAGUUGCUCGCUUUGGAUUUGGAAAGGCCAGGCACUAG